AUGGAUUUUUUACUAACAGAAAUCUCAGAAUUUCCUUUGUCUUCUUCCUCCUCCUCAUCAAUACCCUCUAAUGCUAAGCUCCUUGCAAUGGAUUUUUUACUAACAGAAAUCUCAGAAUUUCCUUUGUCUUCUUCCUCCUCCUCAUCAAUACCCUCUAAUGCUAAGCUCCUUGCAAUGGAUUUUUUACUAACAGAAAUCUCAGAAUUUCCUUUGUCUUCUUCCUCCUCCUCAUCAAUACCCUCUAAUGCUAAGCUCCUUGCAAUGGAUUUUUUACUAACAGAAAUCUCAGAAUUUCCUUUGUCUUCUUCCUCCUCCUCAUCAAUACCCUCUAAUGCUAAGCUCCUUGCAAUGGAUUUUUUACUAACAGAAAUCUCAGAAUUUCCUUUGUCUUCUUCCUCCUCCUCAUCAAUACCCUCUAAUGCUAAGCUCCUUGCAAUGGAUUUUUUACUAACAGAAAUCUCAGAAUUUCCUUUGUCUUCUUCCUCCUCCUCAUCAAUACCCUCUAAUGCUAAGCUCCUUGCAAUGGAUUUUUUACUAACAGAAAUCUCAGAAUUUCCUUUGUCUUCUUCCUCCUCCUCAUCAAUACCCUCUAAUGCUAAGCUCCUUGCAAUGGAUUUUUUACUAACAGAAAUCUCAGAAUUUCCUUUGUCUUCUUCCUCCUCCUCAUCAAUACCCUCUAAUGCUAAGCUCCUUGCAAUGGAUUUUUUACUAACAGAAAUCUCAGAAUUUCCUUUGUCUUCUUCCUCCUCCUCAUCAAUACCCUCUAAUGCUAAGCUCCUUGCAAUGGAUUUUUUACUAACAGAAAUCUCAGAAUUUCCUUUGUCUUCUUCCUCCUCCUCAUCAAUACCCUCUAAUGCUAAGCUCCUUGCAAUGGAUUUUUUACUAACAGAAAUCUCAGAAUUUCCUUUGUCUUCUUCCUCCUCCUCAUCAAUACCCUCUAAUGCUAAGCUCCUUGCAAUGGAUUUUUUACUAACAGAAAUCUCAGAAUUUCCUUUGUCUUCUUCCUCCUCCUCAUCAAUACCCUCUAAUGCUAAGCUCCUUGCAAUGGAUUUUUUACUAACAG